AUUAGUCUCCGAGUGUACCAGAUGUCAGUGCUCUGACUCUCUGAGUGUUCGCGUUCUUCUUCCUCCAGCCUCCUCGCAUGUGCUCCCCCAUCCCCCCCCAUUCCCCAUCUCCCCCCAACCCGUGUCUGGCUCGCACAGAUUUCCUAAAAGAAAAAAAGAAAAAAGAAAGAAAAAAACAAAAAAGCCCCCACAGCCACACACUGGGCUGAUCAAUCAUCAGAGCUCCCUCACGCUCCCUCACACCCUCUCACGCUUUCUCACGCUCCCUUAUACGAACGAAAAAAAUCCGCAACUCAACGAGCCUCCGAAGGGACGAGAUAAGAAACAAAUGGUUGACACUCCAUCUAGCCAGGAUUCGGUCUCUCUCAUCGACUCGGGGUUCGCCGCCUCCCAGGCUGGGUACGCAGCCAUCAUGUGUGGAGUGCAUCUAGCAUUGGGUGAAUUCCUCCCGGCGAGCGGCUUACACGGUAUCUCCAGUGAUUCAGCUGCUUCGAACGUCAACUCAUACGUGUACGAGAACGGGCGACGGUACCACGCAUAUCGCGCCGGAAAGUACAUCCUACCGAACGAUGAGCCGGAAAUCAGAAGGUUGGAGCUGCAUCACCACCUCUUCUUGAUGCUGCUGGGAGGAGCUUUGCACAGAGCACCUCUAAACGAUCCACAGAUCGUCUUGGAUGUCGGAACCGGAGCUGGCGAAUGGGCGAUCGAUAUGGCCGAGCAAUAUCCGGAUGCGAAGGUCAUCGGCAACGAUCUGAGUCGCAUUCAGCCUCCAUGGAUACCCGCGAAUUGUGUCUUCGAGGUUGACGACGCCGAGAGCGAAUGGGUUUACCCAAGCAACCACUUUGACUUCGUCCACAUGCGAAGUAUGAGUGGCAGUUUCUCCGAUUGGCCAUUGCUACUGAGCCGAAUCUACGAACACCUAAAACCCGGCGGCUUCGUCGAGUUCCAAGACCACGGCGCCUGUCUAUUUGUCGAAGGACCCGACCCAGCACACCUCGACGCGCUCAACCCAGUUUCUCCACCGUCAACGCCCUUCUCGGACUGGUGGACGCUGAUGCUCCGCAUCUCUGAAGCUCGCGGCCGGCCACUAGUCGUUGCACGGGACAUGGAGGACCUAAUGCGGGAUGCGGGAUUCGUCGAUAUCACGGUGGAGAUCAAAGCAUGGCCGCUCACGCCCUGGCCCGAGAUCAAGGAGCUCAACGAGAUUGGGACUUGGGGGCGUCAGGGGAUGAUGGAGAGUCUCAACAGCUUUUCGACCGGACUCUUGACCCGGGAGCUGAAAUGGAGCGAGAAGGAGGUGAGGGAUAAAAUCCUCGCCGCCGCGAAGGACCUCAUACUCGCCGAAAGAAGAUUUUGGGUUCAGACAUUCUUCAUCUACGGCAAAAAGCCAGACGACGUCGGCAGCGGCAGCAGCGACAACGGCAGCGGCGGGGACGAUGGCGAUCGAUGAACCAACCGGAAUGAGAACACCGUUAAACCUUUUUCUUCUAAUACUUUUGUAUUUACUGUUUAACUAUGUAGUUUGCUGGCGUAGAGUUUUGGGGUUUUGCUUCUUGAAUUAAUGAGAUGGUUGGUAUGGUUGGCGGUGGGGGCGGGGGGGCGACGAACGAUAAGUGCGAAACAUGGAUGGAUGGAUGGG